AUCAUCACAUUCCACGGAAGACAUUUAUCGCGGACGGAUCGGGUGUUCACACAAACUAGUUCCGGGUAUCAACAAGCCUGGUGGCUAACAUUAGCUGAAACACAAAACCUCCACUCCACUUUCUCCUACAGAAAGGGUAAACAGAUUUCCAGAACAGGAUGGACGGUGAAGAGAGAACCUACGGCGGCUGUGAAGGGCCAGAUGCCAUGUAUGUGAAGUUGAUCUCUUCAGAUGGCCAUGAAUUUAUUGUGAAAAGAGAACAUGCCUUGACAUCUGGGACUAUCAAAGCCAUGUUAAGCGGACCAGGUCAGUUUGCUGAAAAUGAAACCAACGAAGUGAACUUCAGGGAGAUUCCAUCUCAUGUCCUGUCCAAGGUCUGCAUGUACUUCACCUACAAGGUCCGUUACACCAACAGCUCCACAGAAAUCCCCGAAUUCCCCAUCGCCCCGGAGAUCGCACUGGAACUGCUCAUGGCUGCCAACUUUUUGGAUUGCUAAAGUUACAUUUGAAAUAAUGUUGCAGCUUUGAAAAAAGUUUUAGAUUUUUGUUGAAAUAUUUAAAUUGUUUUGCCAUUUACUUAUAUGAAACAUGAAUAUAAGUAUGUAUGUCACCAUUUUUUUUUUUUUUUUUUGCACCUUGCGUUCUGUCAUAAUUUUAUUAGUAUUAAAGGAUUCAUUUUAAUGUAAUAAAUGGAGAUGGCAGGCUGCAUCACUUGCCACAGAAUGUGAUAAUAAAUCUGCCCCCACCGCAUAAAUGUUUCCUCACCUCUCCAGAUGAAUAAAGACCUGUUUGGUGAGCACAC